GAGAGGAGCUGCAUUUGCUGUUGCAGUGUCUCGGUGACUGUGUGUGAGAACGGGACCGGCUCCGCAGCUCUGUCCACAUUCCGUGUUGUCGCCGGGUUGGUUCUGUUUUUCCUGUAUAACCGAGCUGCAAUGGAGGAAGACGGGGCCGUGCCAGAAGAUCUCUCAUCUGAGGAGAGAGAAGAACUGUUAAAUAUAAGACGGAGGAAAAAGGAGCUUAUAGAUGACAUUGAGAGGCUGAAGUUUGAGAUUGCAGAGGUGAUGACAGAAAUCGACAAUCUGACGUCUGUAGAAGAAAGCAAAACCACACAGAGGAAUAAACAGAUUGCUAUGGGAAGAAAAAAAUUCAACAUGGAUCCCAAGAAGGGCAUCCAGUUUCUCAUAGAGAACGACUUGCUUCAGAACACACCCGAGGAUAUAGCACAGUUUCUAUACAAAGGUGAAGGACUCAACAAAACUGUCAUCGGUGAUUACCUGGGAGAAAGGGAUGAUUUCAAUAUCCUGGUACUUCAAGCAUUUGUUGAACUCCAUGAGUUUGCAGAUUUGAACCUUGUCCAGGCGUUAAGACAGUUUUUGUGGAGCUUCAGGCUACCAGGGGAAGCCCAGAAGAUAGACAGAAUGAUGGAAGCAUUUGCAUCACGAUACUGUCUGUGUAACCCUGGAGUGUUCCAGUCCACAGAUACCUGCUAUGUCCUGUCUUUUGCUAUCAUUAUGCUAAACACAAGUUUGCAUAACCCUAAUGUUAGGGAUAAACCAUCCGUAGAGCGGUUUAUAUCUAUGAAUCGUGGAAUCAAUGAAGGUGGCGAUCUUCCAGAGGAAUUGCUAAGGAAUUUGUAUGAGAGUAUUAAGAAUGAGCCCUUCAAGAUCCCAGAGGACGAUGGGAACGACUUGACACACACGUUUUUCAACCCCGACAGAGAAGGCUGGCUCUUGAAGUUAGGUGGUAGAGUGAAGACGUGGAAGCGCAGAUGGUUCAUCUUGACUGAUAACUGUCUCUAUUACUUUGAAUACACAACGGAUAAAGAGCCAAGAGGGAUAAUUCCUUUGGAAAAUUUAAGUAUCAGAGAAGUGGAAGAUCCUCGAAAACCAAACUGUUUUGAGUUAUUCAAUCCAAGCCACAAAGGACAAGUUAUUAAAGCAUGUAAAACAGAAGCAGAUGGAAGAGUGGUUGAAGGCAACCAUGUUGUGUACAGAAUAUCUGCACCUACACCUGAGGAGAAGGAAGAAUGGAUAAAGUCCAUAAAAGCAAGUAUUAGCAAAGAUCCCUUCUAUGACAUGCUAGCAACAAGGAAGAGGAGGAUUGCUAAUAAGAAAUAGCCUAUUUGAUUGUGGUGCAAGAAACUGCAAGUAUCACUCCUGGUACGAGUUUAAGGACCAACCUUAACCUGGACUUCAAAGGCCUCAGCAGGCGACACCGGACACGCUAUUCCCAGUGAGAAUGUCUGGCAUACCAUAUUACUGGUAUCCACUCAGAAUUUCAGCACUGUGCUAUCAAGAGUCCCACUGUUUUUUGUUUAUUUUAUUUAUUUUUUAAUGUUUUUUUUUUUACUUUGAUGUCCGGCCAUUGUAAGCUUGGAGACACCCUCCAAGAAUUCCUCAUCCCAAUGUAAAUAUCUCCAACACUAAAUCCAAAUCCAUAGUGCAUACAUCUCUGAUCCCCUGUUCCCAUCCACAGUUUUUUUUUCUCUCUGUAAUGGCAGCUAUGUAGAUGGUACUAAACACGGUGCGAGCAUAGUGUUACGUGAUGGUCAUCUUUGCUCCAGCGGGCCUUUAGCUAUCCUGUAAGAUGUUUAUAUUGGUAUAUCCUCUACCAUACCCCAAAGUGAAGGACAAGCCUGCAGCAGCCAGCUUUGGACAAUCCAAUUUAUUUCACUUUUAAGUAAUCUCUGAAUAGCCACUGAAUAUUGAAUCUAUAAGCUAAUGUGUCGUCUGUACAGUUUAUUUUAUAUAAAACAUAUAUAUAUAUAUAUAUAUAUAUAUAUAUAUAUAUAUAUAUAUAUAUAUGGUAGCACCAGCUUAUAUUGAUGCUACAUAUAAUUAACAGCAGGGGUAUUACACAAUUGUGCCUGCUUUUUGUUCGGUCUAAGGAGCAAGACAGUUCUGUUGUGUAGAGCACCUCCAGCUGGUUACCAAGAGGACGAGUGCAUCCAUCCGUGCAUGAUCUGAUAAUGCAGUGUGUAUUCCACUGCAGCGACUGGUUCAAUAUGAGAACAUUAGGAUUUCUGCCUUAAACACUCUAAACCAGUGGUCCCAAAGGACUUUCGUUGCUGCCGAUUUAGCCAUUGGGUGUGUCAUCCAUGGUGUCACCAAUGUGGAGAUGACGCGAUCCAUUUACAAGUUACAUCACAAGGACCUCAAUUACUAAGCUUGAUGUAAAGAUAUGUGACUGACUUUAUGCAACGUUCCUUCAAUGUGUGGUUAGAGCCAGUGUUUGCAAUAGGCAGCAUUAUUUUAUGUUUAUGUUGUCUGUAAGAAUUAUUCAUUUUUAUAGCAUCACUUUCAGAAAAAACUAAUUACAUUUGCCGGUAAAGCCACAGGAGUGAACGCUGGCCCAUUCUUCAGGGGGCCAUGGUUGGACAUACCAGUUUAUUUUCAUUUAUACCUAUUGUAAUGCUUUUAUUACUUCAGUUCUAUUUGGUUUUUGGCUUUGGGUGGAAAUAGGAGUAAUGCAGUAAGGUUUAAUGGGAUUUACCAAUACACAAUGACCCUGAUUUACCAGUGUGAACACAACCUGCUUUUGUUGGGUUGUGUGCUGAAAUGUGCCACAAUUUUCGUCUGUGCCAGGAUUUGUAGAGCAUUGCACCAAAAUAGACAUAGGCUAUGUUCACACAGCAGAAUUUGUGUGUGGAUUACUGCAUUGAAAUCCACAUGGAAAUUCUGUAUGUGUUUUGAGCCUAUUGAGUUCAGUAGGAUUCCGCAGUCCUAUAAACACAGCAGGAAGUUUUGCAGCUAGCAUUCAGCAAAAAUGUAAGUCAGGUCUUAGAUUUUUGGGGAAUUUGCCUGCGGAAGCAGUGAAUGGGGGGAGGGUUUUCUCCGCUAAAUGCGGAUUUGGUAUGGCAUUCGCAUGGAAUUUAACUAUAGCAAUGAAUACAGGCACUUUUUUUUUUGCACUGGUUAUGGCCGCGGAAGUCGCACAUCUAUGCAGAAUUUCUGCCAUCUGCACAUAGCCAUACAAACCUUAAAAAGGGCCAUAUUUUCACAUCUCGACCAAUUUACUAUUAAAUUGACAAGAAAUCCUGUGCAUAUAUGGCUAUAAAUUGCCACCAAGAAACAGAUGGUCAAAAUUUUCCCAUCCUGUGUGAGCCCAUAGUACAUAUAGUUGAAUCACGUACAUCUAAAACAACAUUUUACAACAAAACCCCAAGAUUAGUCUUAGCAUAUCAGGGCCAUGAUCUUCUUAGAUUCUGGGUCCUGUCUGUCUGUAGUACAGGUUUGUAAGCCAUUUUCCCCACAUUCACUGUCAUCUAUAGAAUUUGUCAUCACUUUUUUUAAUGCUCACUGAACCAUGGGGCGGUCUCUGGCACCUUCUGUCUGCCCCACCGGCCUUCAUUGAUAUGUCUGUCCCUGUACUCAUGGGUGACUAGGUAGAAAUUGCCAAGGAGCACCCCAAUGGAUUGUGGUUCAAGCAGUAUGAAAGGGAUGAAUGAUUCCUCUAGAACAGGUGAUAGACGUGACUCUUAGCUUUAGUUAAAAGGGUUAAUUAUACAGAUGACACCUGUUCAGAUUAAAGCCAGCAGUCACCAGAUUGUGGUGAUCAAUGUGGAAGAUGCAGUGAACAAUCCAGGGAAAAUGUGGUAUUACAUGAAGCUGCUAUGUGCUAAUGUAGGGGAGGGCAUAUUAAUUUUUUGCAUAAAUUCAUGGGAAUCUCUUGUCCACAUUUAAGUAACGUUUUACUGCCUCACUCCUUAUUCCACCAGCGAUUCUUCUUUUUGAGCAGCAUUAUCCUUUUAAAGGGGUUCUCCGGUGCUUACACAUCUUA